UCCUCCCCCGAACUGUUCCGGAUGCGACGCCUCCCUCCCUCCGCCCCUCUGAUCCUCUUAUCAGCGAGUAAGCGGCCAAGAUGGAUGUUGUAAACCAGCUGGUGGCCCAAGGCCAGUUCGUCGUAGUCAAACAGCCUUUGGGAUUUAUAAAAGUUCUACAAUGGAUCUUUGCAAUCUUCGCCUUCUCGACAUGUGGCAGCUACUCUGGCAUGUUCAAGAUGAGCGUGGAGUGUAAAAACCGGACAGAGAGUGACCUAGGCAUAGAAGUAGAAUUUGAAUAUCCGUUCAGGCUCCAUCAGGUUUACUUUGAUGCCCCCCUCUGUAAGGGAGGGAAAUCUGAGCGUCUAUUCCUGGUCGGGGACUACUCCUCCUCAGCUGAGUUCUUUGUCACCAUCGGUGUCUUUUCUUUCCUCUACUCUAUGGCAGCCCUCUCUGUAUACUGUUUCAUUCUGGAGAAGUAUCGUGAAAACAACAAGGGGGCUAAGCUCGACUUUGUUGUGACGGCAAUAUUUGCCUUCAUGUGGCUGGUUUCUUCAUGUGCUUGGGCUAAAGGCCUGUCAGAUGUGAAAACAGCCACUGACCCAGAGAAGGUCAUCACUCUCAUGUCAGCCUGUAAGGAACCAGAGAAUCUCUGCAAAGAGGUCCAUGACCCCAAGGUGUCUGGCCUCAAUACCUCUGUGGCUUUUGGCUUUAUCAACCUGAUCCUGUGGGUAGGAAACCUGUGGUUUGUGUUCAAGGAGACUGGCUGGAUGGCUAACGUUGCUGGAACAUAUGUUCCAUCACAGGAAAAGCAGCCUGCUCCCGAUUCUUUUGGCCAGGGAGGCUACGGUCAACGGGACCCCUACGCCGGCUCCCAGGAAGGCUACCAGCCCGACUACGGCCAGCAGGGAGGCUACAGUGAGGAUGGAGGUUACAGCCAGGGCUAUGAGCAGCAGCCCACCUCCUACUCUAAUCAAAUGUGAGCCUGUCCAUCUGAAACACAGCUGCAGGAUGGGCCACCUUGUGCUUUUGGAGUGUGGCUCUCGACCACCAUCUGCAUUUCCACACUCCUCUGUUUGUCUGUUUGUGUAUCUGUGAGUUGACAGGCAGAGGGAGGGAGACAUGGAGGGCAGACACCGGUGGGGCGCAGGGAUGGGGAAACACCACUGGGGAGCAGGACAUGGGGGUGAGGGUGGGAUGGGGGAAAUGGGUCUUUUGCUGUAACAUGAUGUUUAUUCUCGUGAUGUAUUUAACUGUAGAAGACAACAGAGGAUUGUCUGUUUGGUUAUACGAGAAACACUUGAAUACAAAUACCAAAACAUUAGCUGAUGAACAUUUAAGAGAAAUCUUGCAAUGGAAAAGACUUACAUUUAUGAAAAAAUUGUACUAAUAUUUAACUUGGGAGAAUGUAUUUGUCUGUGCUGUGUAAAUAGCGACAUGUUGAUAUAUAGGACUAUACGUAUGUACACAGUUGAAUAAUUUUGCACUCCAUAUUAGUUGUUAUACAACAAAUGUUGAGCACAGAGUUAUUCGGUCUAUUUUGGUUCUGUUCAGAAGCUCAUGUAGUUUAACCUUUGCCCUUCGAUCCCCUUAAAUUUCAUAUACUACAUUGAUGUUUUUAUUUAUUCCUGUCAGAAUAUAUGAACAUCUUUUAUAAUAUUUUAAGAAACAGAAUGAAGGCUGCUGAAAAUGUGUUAUAGAAAACAGAAGAGAAUUAUUGAUGUAAACACUGAGUAGAAAAAGACUAAUGUCUCGUAGGAGCAGUGAACACGUGAUAACAGUGAGUUGUGUGUCAGUCUUUAUAUUCUUUUUUUUUUUCAUCACCACUGUCGAGAAAAUGAUCUCUUGUACUGUAAUACACAAAAUAUUUUAAAUCCUGACAUACACAGUAAAAUAAAGUUGCAUAUGAUAUGGUUAAGCCAAUUAGUGAGCGUGGGGGCAUCUCAUAGAUGCUGUAUGGGUUCAGAAACCGCUGUAGUGUGCUAUCAGUAUGAAAGUUUGGGCAGUGAACAACAGUUUUAGCAGCAUUUUUUGUUUAUUUGUUUGGAUUUAUGUAAUGGCAUCAAACAAAUUUUGUCAUCAGGUUUUCCAUCGCCUUUUAUGUGGUCCAGAAAGUUGCAAGACAGAGUUAUAUAGUUUUUUAACAGGUGUUUCUAACACAUUGUAAUCAGUGACACAGAUAUUCACCUUAAUAUGAACUGUAGGCAAAUGAGAAUUAAGUAUACUACACUUUAAAGACCUUGGUUAUGCUGUGGCAAACACGUAGUCAUAUUUACUCUCCUGCAUCCUCACUCCUUUAUCUCUUCUCGUUCUGAAGGCAUGCAAAUUUACUGCAUGCAUCUUAUUCCUUAUGUCCUAAAGCAUUCCUAAACUUGUUUGAGAGACUGAAGCUUAAAGCUGCAGGAAAGUGUUAGAUCACAUACUCUGGUAUGUUUGAUCCAGCAUCAUGUUUACUGCACAGCACGUAGGCUGCAGCAGCUCUGCUCUAUUCCACUCAAAACACAAAGAAAGUGCUGCAAUAGCUUCUUUCUAGGUAUAAAUACACCUGUGUUACAGCCAAUCCUCUGUUUGCAGAUAUGAGACUGUGUUUGCCAAAUGGUAAGAGAUGUGUCUUGGUGUGUGUAGUUUUGCUUCCAGAUGUCCAUCUCCAGUAUAUCGAUCUAUUACACAGACUUGGAUUCACUCUUGUUUUUUAAUCAGGGUUCUUUGAUUCAGGCAUUGUAGAAGUAUCUGGCUUUCUCUCUUCCUCUAAAGUAGUUCCCAGACUUCUGUUGUUUCCCCUCUUUCUCUCGUUCACUGUAGCUCUUAUAAAUAUGCUCAAAUGAAAUAUACUCUGUUGUUAGUGGUGAAUAAUGUCUUGUGAUACUCUCUACACCUUUGGAUAGUGCUGUGUUUAUUGUGUAUGAUGUAUUCAUAUUAGUAUCUAUGAUAAGUCAGAGAAAAAAGAUAUCCAAGACCCUCCAGAAUUCUGAUGUACUCUUAAUAUAUGGGAUCCAUGUGAAACAAAAUGAAAUAAACUUCAAAUUAUUCUGUU